AAAGGAGCACGAAUCUGGCACAGACAUCCGCACCUUGUAUGGAUUGGUGGAGUUCUGGAAGAGGAUAUCAGUUUUCAAACCAGACAAGUCAGAGUACGACUGGAAGAUGAUACGACGGCUGAAUACGACAUAACUUCGUUGGAACAGCUCCCAUUUCUUCGAAAUCCCGCAUUUCUCGUUGGCAAAGAUGAUCUUACACUUCUAUCAUAUCUCCAUGAGCCAGCAGUAUUACACAAUCUACAAGUGCGAUUCGUGAACAGUAAUUCAAUAUACACAUAUUGCGGAAUCGUGCUCGUCGCGAUCAAUCCAUAUGCAGACUGCUCACACAUAUACAGAGAAGAAAUCAUUCAAGUUUAUCAGGGAGCUGGAAAAUCGGCUCGAGAAAUGGAUCCCCACAUUUUUGCGGUGGCAGAAGAAGCUCAUUUUGAUAUGGGAGCUUUUGGAAAAUCACAAUCUAUCAUUGUUAGCGGAGAAUCUGGAGCUGGAAAGACUGUUUCUGCGAAGUUCGUCAUGAGAUAUCUGGCAUCGGUAGCAGCAAGUAGGACGAGAAGUGAAGGAACAACGUCGAUUGAAGCUCGAGUUCUGGCCAGUAAUCCAAUCAUGGAAUCCAUCGGAAACGCUAAAACUAUCAGAAACGAUAACUCGUCUCGGUUCGGAAAAUUCAUACAAAUCAAUUUCUGUGAACGCGGUCGACGAAUCAUUGGUGCUGAAAUGAAGACGUAUCUCCUCGAGAAGAGUCGACUCGUGUUUCAAGCUCCCGGAGAGCGAAACUAUCACAUUUUCUAUCAACUUUGCGCUGCCCGGAAUCAUCCAGCGCUCAAAGAUCUUCAUUUGGGACCGUGUGAAUCUUAUUCAUAUCUCACCCAAGGAGGAGAUAGUCGAAUUCCUGGUGUUGACGAUAAAUCAGACUUCGGAGAGCUGUUAAAAGCACUUCAGUUGCUUGGAUUUGAUAAUAAGCAAAUCAGUGAUGUAUUCCGAGUACUUGCUGGUCUUCUUCUCCUUGGAAAUGUUCAUUUCGAAAACGGAGAGGCAUCUUCUGCAGUUUCGCCUGGAAGCGCUCAAGAGAUUGCUCGAUUAUGCAGUGAGAUGUGGGAAAUCAAUGAAUCAGAUUUACGGGUGUGGCUGACAAGAAGGGAGAUUCGGGCUGUGAACGAAGUUGUGACGAAACCAUUAACUAAAAAUGAAGCUGUUCGAUCAAGAGAUGCACUUACAAAAAUGUUGUAUGCUCAUUUAUUCGGUUGGCUGGUGGACAAGAUCAAUGAAGCACUGAAUGAAAAAGAAAAGUCUGAUGGUGUGAACCGAAGGAAACGGCCAGAUCGAUUUAUUGGUGUUCUUGACAUUUAUGGAUUCGAGACUUUUGAAAUCAACUCAUUCGAACAGUUCUCUAUCAACUAUGCCAAUGAGAAACUUCAACAGCAAUUCAAUCAACACGUUUUCAAGUUGGAACAAGAAGAAUAUGUUCGCGAAGAAAUCGAAUGGGUUCGUGUCGACUUUCAUGAUAAUCAACCGGCGAUUGAUCUUAUCGAGGGACCUGUCGGAAUGAUCAAUUUAUUGGAUGAGCAAUGUAAACGUUUGAAUGGAUCUGAUGCGGAUUGGCUGAGUCAGUUGAGAAACAGUACAGACUUGAAAAGGAAUCCACAAUUAGCCUUCCCGAAAGUUCUGAGCAAAGACUUCAUCGUUCGACACUUUGCUGCUGAUGUCACUUAUAACACUGAAGGUUUCGUCGAGAAGAACAGAGAUGCCAUCGGAGAACAGCUUCUAGAUGUCGUGGUUGCCAGUCGAUUCCAAUUCAUUCGUACAGUUAUCGGGCCUGCUGUUGUAGCAAUUCCAGCUAAUUCAACUCCUGGAAGAAAGACCACAAAGAAAACAGUAGCCAGUCAGUUCCGUGAUUCCUUAAAAGAACUCAUGCAAGUGCUAUGCUCGACGAGACCUCACUAUGUGCGAUGUAUCAAGCCGAACGACAGUAAGAUCAGUUUCGAUUUUGAACCUAAACGCGCCAUACAACAACUUCGUGCAUGUGGUGUCCUUGAAACAGUUCGUAUUUCUGCUGCUGGAUUCCCUUCCAGAUAUCCAUAUGAUGAAUUCGCAAGAAGAUAUCGUGUACUGUAUACAAAACAGUCAGCACUUUGGAGAGACAAACCAAAACAAUUCGCUGAGUUGGCUUGCCAACAAUGUCUAGAAGAAGGAAAAUACGCUCUUGGAAAGACAAAAAUAUUCUUGAGAACUGGCCAAGUUGCUGUACUCGAAAGAGUUCGUUUGGACACACUUGCCGCUGCUGCCAUUGUUAUUCAGAAGACGUGGAAAGGGUUUGUUGCGAGAAGAAAGUACGAGACUAUGCGAAAAUCACUGCUCAUCGUUCAAGCUUCGCUGAAAGCGUUCCUCGCUUUCCGUCGGAUCAAGUAUCUCCAAAUGCAUCGAGCGGUUAUUGUUAUGCAAUCAGCUGUUCGCGGAUACAUUGAACGUCGAAAUUACGAAGCUAUCCGAAAUGCUGUAAUUGGAAUCCAAGCCGCUUUCAAAGCUCAAAGAGUCCGACGAUAUGUUGAGAAGCUCUGCUAUGAAAAGUCAGCAAUCACAAUUCAAUCGGCUUGGCGCGGAUAUGCAGUACGACGUGAGCAGAUUGCUAGAAGGAAGAAGGUGGUUAUGGUUCAGUGCGCUGUCCGUAAAUGGCUAGCCAAGCGUCGACUCCGAGAACUGAAGAUAGAAGCACGAUCUGUUGGUCACCUUCAAAAGUUGAACACUGGUUUGGAGAACAAAAUCAUCGAGUUGCAGAUGCGUUUGGAUAUUGCUAACGCCCGAACCAAAGAAGAAACCGAGAAGCUGAAUACAACGAGCAAGGAUCUUGAGAAGACCAAGGCCGAAUUGGCCAUGAUGGAAGCCGAGAGACUCACUCUUCUGGAGGCACGCCAUCGCGUCGAAGUUCUCCAAGAAGAAGUGGAACGAUUAGAGACAGAAUGUGACCUCAAAGAAGCUCAACGUGGUGGUAUGGAGACUAAAAUGGUCGAUCUCCAGAGCCGUCUUGAACAGAUGCAAUCCGAAUCCGGACAAACCAUUGCCGAGCUCACGGAGCAGCUUGAGAAAUCGAAAUCCGAUCGAAGUGGCUGGGAUUUGGAACGGCAGAAGAUGGAAGCUGAAUUGAACACGGAACGAGCUGCUAGGCACGCCUUGGAUGCGGAAGUUGUUGCAAUGCGAGAGCAGUUGAUGAAGAAUGUGGAUCUUUUUGAAUCCAGUACGUUCCAAAAGAAAUCGAGCCCGAAGAAGACCCGAGAGGAUGAUGGCAGUUCGCGAACUACGUCGAAUCUCUCCCAAUUGACUGGAUCGUUCUCAGCUGAAACCAUGAAUGGAAUGCCACGUGGAUCGCCAGAAGCUUUGCUCGAUAACAUGGCUAUCACUUUUGAGCAAUUGAGAAUGAUCAACGAUCUCCGUCAGCGAAACGAGCAUUGUCAACGGGAAACUGAACGGAUGAAGGCUAUUCUAGAGGCGUCUACUCUCAUCGAUACCCUCGAUAAGAAAACAUCAUUGAAGGCAUUCGAAGCUGUUCGUGUUACUGAACUCGAAGGAGCCUACAAUCGGCUGAAGAAUGACAUGGAACGAAUAGUUUCUGGGCAGAGUGGAGCCACUCAUUCCGUAUUCGAACGUAUUAUGGAGGAGAAUGAGCGUCUUCGUGAUGAAGCUGUCGAGUUGCGUUCAAUGCUCUCCAGUCACUUUGAAAGACAAUCAGUUGCUGGAAGUAGUGGAUACAGAAGAUCGCCAAGACCUGAUUCAGGCCAUUGUUCGGGAGCUGAUUCUGAAGAUGGCAGCAGCGGAGCUGAUCUUGAAGAGGAUUUGUGUAUCGAAAGACAAUGUAGACAUCUCAAGAACCUAGCUGAAAAUCUGACGCGAAUGCUGACCAAUCAAAACAUGGAAAUCGAGCGACUUCAACAACAACUUCGAUUCAGCGAGUCGCAGACUUCCUUCAGGCCAUCCGACGUAUCAUUAGACGAAGCUGUACGAGGCGCACAUAAGCAGACUCAGCUGUUGGCUCAACAAAACAUGGAUCUCAAUGAUAAACUGACUCGUCAAUCGGAAGAAUUGGCCGAGGCACGUGCUCAACUCCGUGGUUACAGUGGACCUUUGGGAUUAGAAAACACAUCGGACGAAGAGAUCAUUCGCCUCGAGGCAUUCGACAAAGGAUCCGUGACACACAGCGGAUUUUUGGAAGUCUACAACGUUCCAGAAUUCGCGAGAAUCAUUGUUUGUGAGCUGAAACCAAGUCUGGCUCGCCUUCUGACCAAGAAUCUGCCCGCCUAUCUUCUUCUCGCCGCAUUCCGCAAUCAUGACGAAAAAAGAGACGAAACGGCUCUCACCGGUCUCUUUUCUUCGGUCCAUCUUGUGCUCAAAGAUACGAUCUCGCGUUCGCACGAUCUCGACCUACUGUCGUUAUGGCUUGUGAACCUCUGGCGUCUUUUCAACCUCCUUCGUCAGUAUUCUGGCGAGGACAAGCAGCCAGAAUGGCACGUGGCCAAUACUGAAACCCAAAAUUCGUAUCGAUUCAAAGCCUACGAUGUGGCACCGAUUCGUGAUCAGCUCAAGUUGAGAAUCGAAGAAUGUUAUUCGAGUUUGAUGAAGAAAGCGAUUGAACAUGUGUUCAGUCCUAAAAUCGUGCCUGGUAUUCUGCAACAUGAAAGUAGUAGUGAUCUAAUGACAGCUGGACAAGACAAGAGAGAUCGUGGAGGUGUCGAUUCGCAGAGGAAGAGUCUCGAUGAUCUGUUGCAGUUCAUGGAUCUUGUUCAUACGAAACUGAAGACGUACGGAGGAGAUGACGUGGUUGUGAAACAAGUCAUCGGACAAAUGGCUAAUUGGAUGUGUGCUCUUGCAUUGAAUCAUAUGAUGUUCAGAAGAGAGUUGUGCAAUUUCGAGAAGGCUAUUCAGAUCAAACACAACGUCACUGAAAUCCAAAACUGGCUCAACGGAAAGGGACUUCCAGACUGCCGUGAAAAUCUGGAACCACUCGUCCAAGCUUGCCAUCUUCUUCAAAGUCGAAAAGAUGCUUCUAACAUGGAUACGCUUUGUGGAGAAAUGACGAGUCGUCUGAAGCCACGUCAAGUUGUUGCCAUCCUCCAACAUUACGAUCCAUCGGACGAGAUGGAGGAUGGAUUGUCUCCAGAAUUCCUUAUACAAAUCCAGAAGAAACUCAACGAACGGGCAAUUGCUAAUGGUGAUCCAAUUGAAGAUAAGGAUACACUGAUCAUGAUGGGUACCUACCUUCCACCGUUCAAUACUCAUCCAUUCUCCUACUCGGACUUCCCACUCGAAACCUUGAGUCUCCCCAGUUGCUUGCACAUGCAAAGCGUUUGUAGACUUGUAUAA